CCAGUCAAGUGCCGAGGCCUGUCCCCAUCCACCCUUGACCUCCCCACUCCGCGGGCCCCUGCGGACACUGCAAGGCCCGCAGUGACCGCCCCUCUCCUGCAGCUGAACUUCUCCGAGCACCUGUACUUUGAGAACAGCCUGCAGAACCUCAAGGCUGGUGCCCAGCGGAGCCUCAAGAAGCUGCGGGAGAAGGUGGACCAGAACCUCUGGAUCAUCGGGGCCGCCGUGGUCAAUGCGUUCUACUCCCCAAACCGGAACCAGAUCGUGUUCCCUGCCGGGAUCCUCCAGCCACCAUUCUUCAGCAAGGAGCAGCCACAGGCCUUGAACUUCGGGGGCAUCGGGAUGGUGAUCGGGCACGAGAUCACCCACGGCUUUGACGACAACGGUAUCGCUGCUGCGCGGCCACAGCGGCACCUCCAAGCGACACGCCCCAUCGCUGAGCAGCAGGCCCCGAAGGGGACUGCGGCCACGUUCAGCCGCCGGGAAGGGGCCCUGGGGAGGCCCAUCCAACCCCUUUUGUGAUUCAGAUGGGA